AUGGACAUAAAGGUAAAAUAUAAAGCCGAUACUUAUAAUUAUCAGAUCAAAAAGGCUACCUCCAAUAGCGGGUUUAUAAAGCAACUCGCUAAAGACUUAAAUUUAGAUUCUUGCUCCAUUAAAUUAAUAUAUAAAGGAAAAAACUUGGCAAAUUCUAAAGGUAAGAUAAUUGAUGAAGGAAUAACCGAAGGCGCCACUCUAUUACUAUUUGCGGUAGAUAAAUCAGCAAAACUAUCGAAACCCAAAAGAUCAAGUGAUAAAAAACGAUCAAAAAUUUCAAGCGCAAUGUACGAAGAAAUCCCUAUACCAGAAAUAGUUAAGAAAGGACCUCCUCCUGGGUGUAUGGAUGGCCUUCAUACUCCAGUUUCGAAAUUUCCUAAGCAGCCAUUUGUUGUUUAUACGAAAGAUGGCAGCAUUGCAAAACUUUCUAUAGAGUCUGAUGCAAUAUUUGUUGAAGCUAAGGACGGAAACAAAGAAAGACUGUUUGAUGUUACAUAUAAUUCAGAAAGAACCAAAGAAGUACCAAAUUAUCCGAAUUACAUCUCUUUAUGCUUGAAUACUAAUGAUGAAAUGAGAGUUUAUCAUUAUAUUCCGAAGCAAUAUCAAAAUAUUUUCAAAGAUUUUUUCACUUCACUGAUGAAAUGA